CCUGCGCGGGGCCGGUUCCCGGGGUGAGCGGGUCCUGUGCGGGGCUGUCCCGGCCAUGGAGGCGGCGCGGGGGUGGCCGCUGUGGCUGCAGGGCCUGGCGCUGCUGUGGGGCCGCACCGUGCUGGGGCUGGAGGAGAUCCGCACCACGGUUCCGCCGGCGCCGGUGCAGGCAUGUUCAGYUUUUUCCCAGAAGUCCUGUGAAGAAUGUCUGAAAAAUGUUUCGUGCCUUUGGUGUUACACGAACAGCACAUGUAUUGAUUAUCCAGUAAGAAGUAUUAUUCCUUCAUCUUCACUGUGUUCUCUCUCAAAUGCUCGAUGGGGAGUUUGCUGGAUAAACUUUGAGGCUUUAAUUAUUGCCAUAGCUGUGGUAGCUGGACUCAUUCUGGUGUCCGUAACAGUCUGUUGCUGUUACUGCUGUUACUGCAGAAAGCGUUCCAGGAGCAGGCUAGAUGAAGAAGAGGAACAGCUAGCUAGGAAGAGAGAAGAACGAAGACUAGAGUCUCUUCAGAGGAAACAUGAAAGAAAACUGAAGCAUGAUGAAAUACGUAAGAAGUAUGGUCUUCUCCAGGAUUCUGAUAACCCCUACAGCAGAUUUGAGAAUGAAUAAAGAUGUGACCUUCCACAAGAGCUGUAACUCCAGAAUACAGGAAGACAGUUUGUUUUUUCAUUUGCCCUUUGUGCUCUUUCACUUCGUUUUUUUUCUAUCUAAAGUGUUCUUUUCCUGGUUCUAAAACUAGAAUCAGCUAAAGGCUUUCUGAAAUAAUGUGUUUCUAUCUCCUACAUGUAUAGAACUAAUUUUUUAUAAAUUGUUUUGGUUGUURAAAUGUUUGCUGAAGUUCAUGUUGGUUAUCUUUCCUCUUCUUAAAUCCCUAUUUUAUUACUUGUGUAGAUGGUUAAUAGACACAAUAAUGUGUUUGAGGUUUGAGUUCAGUCUUAACUGCCAGUUAAAGCAGUUGUUCUCAUGUUCCUAAAUAAAAAGCUUUUACACACACACACACACACACACACACAUAUAUAUAUAUAUAUAUGUAUAUAUAAAACAACAUAGAAACACGGCUCCACCCAGCAGAAAUAGUUGAUGAAAAAUACAUCAUGCGCAUUCUUGUGGGUGGAAGGUUUUUUGCCUGGAAAAAGAUCUUCCAAAAAGAUCUUCCAGGAGUGUAAUAUUUAAGGGUUGAGAGAGAGGAACRUAUUUGUCUUUGAAUAAUUCAGUUGUGGGAAAGUUAAUAUGUACUUUGGAUAUAGCACUGAUGUGRAAAAGAAACUACUUCAGUUAGCAAAAUUGGAAGAAGGUCAUUCUUGAAACAAACAUAGGUAUGUGUUCCUAAACUUAACAUCAAGUUUGUGUGAAMACUUUCUUCUACAAACUUAUUGUAUAUUGAAAAAAAAAGUAAAAAGUUGCCCAGAUUCUGCAGUUUGCCAGGGCUGACCCUGGCCAGCAGCUUAAACACUGCCCAGCUGCUUCCUCCCUCCCUCGGGKAUGCAGGAGAGAAUGGGAACAGCAAAGGGUUGAGAUAAAGGCACAGUAAGUGAAGGAAAGGAGGGUGGUGGGAACAAAGUCUGCAAAGGCAAUUGCCACCUCCCAGAAGCAGACCUCUUCCCAGCCUCCCCUCCAUUUUUCUUGGUGAGCCUGGAAUAGGGUCAGUUUGGGUCAAUUUUGGCCAGUCCCWACUGUGUCCUCUCCCAGSUUCUUGCUCACCUCUGGCCUACUUGCUGGAGCAGGCAGAGRGKGGGAAAAAUGAAGCCUUGAUGCUGUGCAAGCAAUGCUCAGCAAAAGCCAAAGCACUGGUGUGUUACCAGCACUGUCCCUGCCACAAACCCAAAGCAAAGCAGCACCCUAAGGGCUGCUGUGAAGAAAGUUACCUCAGUCCCUGCCAGACCCAAUACAGUGAGAAAGCAGUAUUUUUUUUUUAACCUUUUAUUGUUCUUUUGAUGUUUCCAUAAUGUGAUCUAUUUCCUGUCUUUCUUUUCAUAGAGGUGUUUCCUUGAACACUUUUAGUAGCUUACCAGUAUGAUGUGGCAAGCAAAGAACUCUUCUGUCCCCCCAGUCUAAUAUACAUUCCCAUUUAUUCCAUAAACUUUAAAUUGCCUCCCUUGCUAUGUGUUAUCUGUUAAAUAUGUACAAUAUUAAAGGUGUUCAUGUUAUUUUUGUCCACAUUCCUAAAAUAAACUCUUAAAUGUCUUGAA